GCCCCUCGUCGCUUUAGCCGGGAGUCCUUCCCUUCGGAGGCGACGCGCCGGUCGGGAAAAGGCGCAGCUGGGCGAGGAGAAGAAGAAGAAGAGGGAGGCUGUAACGAUGCUGAGUUUCUUUCGACGAACGCUUGGGCGCAGGUCUAUGCGCAAACAUGCUGAGAAGGAACGGCUAAGAGAGGCCCAGCGAGCUGCAACUCACAUCCCUGCUGCUGGAGAUGAGAAAUCCAUAAUUACAUGCCGUGUCUCUUUGCUGGAUGGAACUGAUGUCAGUGUGGACUUGCCGAAAAAAGCCAAAGGACAGCAGCUGUUUGAACAGAUCAUGUACCAUCUGGACCUCAUUGAAAAUGACUAUUUUGGAUUACGAUUCAUGGAUUCUGCACAAGUAGCACACUGGUUGGACAACACAAAGAGUAUUAAAAAACAAGUUAAAAUUGGUCCACCAUACUGUCUACAUCUUCGUGUAAAGUUUUACUCUUCCGAGCCAAACAACCUACGUGAAGAGCUCACCAGAUAUUUAUUUGUUCUUCAGCUAAAACAGGACAUUUUGAGUGGCAAGUUGGAGUGUCCAUUUGAAACAGCUGUGCAGUUGUCAGCUUACAUGUUACAAGCUGAACUUGGUGACUACGACCCUGCUGAACACAUCCCUGAUAUAGUUUCAGAGUUCAGGUUUGUGCCCGAGCAAACUGAAGACAUGGAACUGGCCAUUUUUGAGAAGUGGAAGGAAUACAGGGGGCAAACACCAGCUCAGGCAGAAACAAAUUAUUUGAACAAAGCAAAAUGGCUGGAAAUGUAUGGAGUAGACAUGCAUAUAGUCAAGGCAAGAGAUGGAAAUGAUUAUAGCCUCGGACUAACACCCACAGGAGUUCUUGUGUUUGAAGGAGAAACUAAGAUUGGAUUGUUCUUCUGGCCAAAGAUCACUAGGUUGGACUUCAGAAAGAAUAAAUUAACACUAGUGGUGGUUGAAGAUGAUGAACAGGGCAAGGAGCAGGAGCACACUUUUGUCUUUAGGCUGGAUCACCCAAAGGCCUGCAAACAUUUGUGGAAAUGUGCAGUCGAGCAUCAUGCCUUCUUCCGCCUCCGUGGACCCGUCCAAAAAGGUUCCAGUCGGUCAAGCUUCAUUCGGCUGGGGUCAAGGUUCAGAUACAGUGGGAAAACAGAGUACCAGACAACAAAGACCAACAAAGCCAGACGAUCGGCAUCUUUUGAAAGAAGGCCUAGCAAGCGAUACUCAAGGAGAACGCUACAAAUGAGAGGAAACACUCAUAAAUCUGAAGAAACUAGCCUUCCAAAUAAUGUUUUCAGCCAAAAUAAUGGAUCACAGCAAAACUGGAGUGCAAUGCCCGCCCUACCCUCAGUUACAGCAGUUCCUUCUGGGCCAGUCUUAGUUGAAAUAGAAAAUCUCCCACGGAGUCCCGGGACCAGCCAGCAAGACAAGAAAAGUGUGCCCCUGAUUGUUGAUUUACUGGCUAACAAGGAAUUGUUGGAAACUUGUAUUGACAAUACUACUGAUUUUCCUCCUGCCGGAGGGUCAGCUGAAGCUUUGGAGCAAACGGGUCUUGGCUUCACUCCUCUUGGCACAAAGGAGCAACCCUCCGACAAGGCGGAUCCUGUUGGUGAGGAUGCAUCAUUGAAACUCAAGCGGCUGGAAGCAGAACUCAACCCUUUGCUGGUUUCCCAGUCCAACAUAAACAUCAACAAACAGCAGGAGGUGGUGAAGCUGACAGAGAAAUGUCUCAACAAUGCCAUUGAGAGCCCAGUGAGUGCCUCUGUGCGGCUGCCUCCAGACAUCAAGAGCAACAUUCUGAAGGCCCAGGCCGAGGCAGUGAACAAGGUCAUGAGGGAGGACAGCAUGUCUGGCAACAAGAACACCAACCUUCAAGAUGCUGCUGGCAGGAGCAUUCUUCUGUCUGGAAAAGUUCAGAACAGCCCUCUGAGAGCCCACAGCCCCGUGUUCCAGGAGUCGAGAGAGAGGCUGAAAGUGAUUCCUAUCUCCAAUGCCUUCAUUCCGAAUGAAUUAAAUGAGGAUAAUGCUGCCUCUAGCCCUGAGGAUUCUUUGAGUCCUCCUAAUCUGGCUCCUACAGAGGAGGCUGCUAUUGUAAAGAACUCUCCAGAGGACUUAGAGAUUUUGUUAACAUCACAGGCAGAGAAUCUAAUUGACUUUACAGAAGCCAUGCCUCGGGUGUCUUCACCACCAACAGUUUUGCCCAGGUGGUUGGUGCCAAGUGGACUGGUUUCCAAUGGGCCUUUAGGGAAUGAUGUUGCCUUAGCUCUUAAGGCAGUGAAAGGCAGCACUGAGGCACUGACCAUCUCUGCUGGCUCCCCACCUCCACUUUACUCGCCCGAAAUCAUCCCCAGCCCUGCUGCAGAAGAUGUUACAACAAGGCCGAAAUGUUUACUUACCACUGAACUCUGAGCUUUGACAGAGUCUCAUCUUCCUAGCAUCUGCAACGUACUCCUGGAAUGGACUUAACCUGGAAUUGACCCAUGCUCAGACCAUGGUUAAAACAAAAUGCCUGGCAGUUUUACUGUGGAUUCAUGCAACUGGAAAUCUAGUAUGAAGAGCUGCUGGGAAGCCUGAGCACCUUUUGUAAAGUACACUGGAACACAUUCUGACGUGUAAUGAAAUCUGCAAGGUUUCCAUCCAUAGCAGUGCUUUUGUCUAUAAAGCUCUUUGCUGCUUUAGGGGUGUAAAUAAAGUCAUCACUGUGAUGAACGAGUUAGUAAUGGGGAGGAUAGGAACUUCUAAGGCCACCUGCUGGUUGUUGCUAUAAAAAGCAAGUAGUGCUAAUGGUGUUUUUAUAGAGCAAGCUCUUCUUUCUUAACAUCUCCUUUGAAUCCUCUUUUGUACUGAUAUCUGUCAAAUGUUCUUGGCCUUAAUCCACUUUCUAGACUUUGCACUUUUGCUCACCAUGUAUGAAAGAAACUGAAUAUGCAGCACCUCUAUAGGUUACCCAACUGGCAGGUUCCGCUCUCUCUAGUCACAGAGGCAAAGCAAUUUUCUACCAAACACUUUUAGGCUACCAUAGUGUGUGAGUGUAACUGUUCCACAUUGUGUCCCAUUCUCUGUAACAUGUGUCUAAAAUACUGCUAGAGUGUAAACUUCUGCUGCAGAAGAGCUUCAGAAUGGAAAGGCAUGUUCCCUUGCGGCUUUUCACUGGCUUCUGUUUGGAAAGUUCCUUCCAACAAAACUGAAAAUUGUUUUAAGGUAUGUUCUAUGAACUUGUCAAUAGCUGAUUUCUGUACUAUAAGUACAGACUAAUUAGAAUUACUGCCUUUUUCCUAUGUUCCACUACAAUUUUUUUUCUUCAAAUGAGGUUGCAAUUGGCAGGUUUUACAUCUUGAUUUUCUAGUCUUGUUCAGACACAUUCCAGUAGUUCACCUAUCUUCUUCAAAUUAGACCAGUGACUGGACAUUUAGUGAAAGAGUCUCCCUCAGUAUAUUGAAGUGCUAAUAGUUUUGGACCAGUGGGGAAAUCUUUUUCUACUACAAACUCAGGGAAAUUGCUGUUCAUUGGUGGAACUACGUGAAUCCCAAGUUUAACUCAUGCUUAGCAUUUUUUUGUUUGUGGACCAAUUUCUCCAUGGGCAUUGAGAGCGAACAAUAAAACUUGGUAGGACACAGUUAUUGGUUAGGACACGAUUCUAUUGUUAAUGUUCAAAAAAUAACUUUAUUCUUUUGGUUUUCAAAAAAGACAAAAAAUGUAGAAAUGUGAUCAUCUUUAUCUUCCCAAAAUGGCUCUCAACUCACUGCCCAGUUGGAAGGGUAGGUUAAACGAAUUGGAGCAAGUUCGCUUAAACUUGAUUUAGUGUUGUAUCUGUUUCAAGAAGACAUUUUAUGGUGCAAGAAACCUUCCUUGUUUUGGGGGUGGGUUGACACAGGCUAAUGAACCAAUACACUAUGAACAGCUUGAUCACCCUUCCCUUUCCCCAUUCUUUACUUGUUAAAUGCUGCUUCUGAAAUAAGAGCAGUUGCAAUGCUUUUUAUCUGUAGCAUUGUGAGGAUCGAAUUUCAUUUUUAAAGUAUGCUCUGAGUGUAGAUUAUCAGCAAACUGGAGAAGAAACUGCCUAAACCAUUUCAAACAAUCUGGAGGUAAAAUCCAAAUCACCUCAUGAGUUUUAUCAGUAAUUUUAACAGAAGAGUGUAUUUUAGAUGCUACAGUACAGUAAUUAUUUUUAAUAUACCCCCGAUUACAAGAGAGUGGAAGUAGAAGAAAGGUUAAUAAGCGGUUUGCUAUCUAGAAUGUUAGUGAAACUUCCUUGAGUUUCCUAGAUUGCAGGUAUAGCUAGUUUCUAAAAUGUUGCAUGUUAGGGUUGUUAGAGAAUGACUACUGAACAACAACAAAAUUUGUGUUACUCUGUGUGAUUUAGAGUCCUAUGCAAGCCAAGCCAAAAACAAAGGAAAAAUGGAGAGAUGCUCAGAUGUAAGAAAUUGUUCUCAUUUCCACUACUGUAAUAUUCUGAAUUACUAGGAAGUCUUAGACUACAAUAUUGCUGACCACGAUAGCUAUCAAAUGUAUUUUUAAAAAUAUAUAGCCAAAAUUGAUUAUUCAUUUGACUGAUGGAGGAAUACUGUGCAAGACACAGAUCUCAUGAUCUAUAUUUAUAUUUUAUUUAAUGGUGAGCCUACAUGACUUGCAAAGUAGACAGUCUUUUUCCUAGAAACAAAUGCCUAUUCCUGUUCACAGUAAGAAACUGGGUAUGGUAUAUAGCCCCUGUUAUUGCCAUGCAGUUCAUGAUGAGAUGUCAUCAGUAUUCAAUGGUUGCGUUGUACAAAAGAAAUAAUGCUUAUUGUGUCAUGCAAACACUGUCAUAUGAAAGGUACAGUUAUCACAGAGGGAACUCAGUCUUUCAUAAAUGCAAUAUGUGUUAGUGGAGGUGAGCAGUAAAGUUGCUCGCCUGAACAUUUGCCUAUAAGACACUGGCUUUAGGGGUUAAUUAAGGUUGACGGCAUAUUUGCAGAUUACUGUUACCUGAUGUUAGAAGGAUUGUGCUGGUUGAGAGCAACCACCAUAUUGAGAAAUGCUUGGAAAGUAGCUUUUGUUCUGCCUAUUGCAGGGGUGUGGAACCUGGUGCCCUUUAGAUGUUGCUGGACUACAAAUGGAGUUGGAGACAUCUGAAGAGCCACAAAUUCCCCAGCCCUGGCCCAAUGCAUGCAGAAUUGCACUUUUGUUUACAGCAACUGAUCAUAAACUAGUUCAUGGGCUGACCAUGCUUAGAGUUCAUACAUUUACCAAAUGGCAAUUCUAUCUACAUGCUAAAGGAAUAAGUGCCAGCCUUGGCCUCCAGCUCCCCAAACCAGUAAUGUGUGAAGCAACAGCUUUAGAUGGAGUCCUAUACAUGUGUAAAGCCAAUGGAGAAUCAUGCCUCUGUGUAGAGUCUGUAGACCACACAUCUUGUAUGUUACAGUACAUGCACAGUAGAUUUUGUAAGGAGGCUCACGCCUAUCUAUCUAUCUAUCUAUCUAUCUAUCUAUCUGGUGAGCUAGACAUUGUGUUUCAUUAGUGAUUAUGGCUGUUUUCUUCUCUGGUGCAAACACUGAAUAUCAACAGUCAUCCUCCUGGAGCAAAAUGUUCAACUUUUUUCUUACUGUGAAAUUGAUGGCCCUGGGGGAGGUAUGGCAUUCCGCAUGCAUCAGAGAAUAGGGAGCAUUCUACUGCAGCACCCCCAGCAGAAAGGUUUGGUGACUGAUUUGUUUAUCCUCUUACUUCCCUCAACUGGACAAUCUUACUUUAAAGUAUGUAAGAUUUAUUAUUUUGAGUUAGAGUAUUUUGUUUGUUUUUAAAAAAUCACACCCACUAACUGCUGUAUUUGUAAUUCUUUUUAAAUGAUGUAGAGCUUGACACUAGCUCUGAGUAUAACUUAUUUGUUUUUUUAAGUAUUAUAUAUAAGGAACACUGUGUUUCAUGGUAACAUAUAUAAACUGUGCUACAGUAACUGCACUGAACUGAACAUCUGUAUAUGGGAACUGUGAUUUGUAGUCCACUUGGAAUCAGUCACAAACUGUUGUAGUUUAUUUCUAAAUAUAACACAACUGUGCAAAAUGA